AUGAUCUUUGUGUACAAGCGAGACGGACGCAAAGAAGAGGUACGCUUUGACAAGGUCACUGCCCGUGUGGCAAAGCUGUGCUACGGCCUCGACAUGAACUAUGUCGACCCCAUCGAAAUCACACGCAAGGUGAUUGAUGGUAUCUAUGAAGGUGUGACCACGGUCGAGCUGGACAACCUUGCGGCAGAGACUGCCGCAUACAAGACGACGACGCACCCUGACUAUGCCGUGCUCGCUGCGCGGAUUGCCAUCAGCAACCUGCACAAGGAGACGAAAAAGACGUUUAGCCAAGUCGUCAAGGACCUGUACGACUAUGUGAACCCUCGUACUGGCAAGCACAGCCCCAUGAUCUCGGACGAGACGUACGAGGCCGUGAUGGCAAACAAGGACACGCUUGACUCUGCGAUCAUUUACGAACGCGACUUCCACUACAACUUUUUUGGCUUCAAGACACUCGAGCGCUCCUACCUGCUCCGUGUCAAUGGCAAGGUCGCUGAGCGGCCGCAGCAUAUGCUGAUGCGCGUUGCGGUUGGUAUCCAUGGCGCCAACGUAGAGAACGCGAUUGAGACGUACAACUACAUGUCUGAAAAAGCGUUUACGCACGCCUCUCCGACGCUGUUCAAUGCCGGCACGCCCAACCCCCAAAUGUCGUCGUGCUUUUUGAUCGCGAUGCAGGACGACUCGAUUGAAGGCAUUUACGACACGCUCAAGUCGUGUGCGAUGAUCAGCAAGACGGCCGGCGGGAUUGGUCUACACAUUCACAAUAUCCGCAGCACGGGCUCGUACAUUGCCGGCACGAACGGUGUGAGUAACGGUAUUAUUCCCAUGCUCCGCGUUUUCAACAACACGGCGCGCUACGUCGACCAGGGCGGCAACAAGCGCCCUGGUGCGUUUGCAAUCUACCUUGAGCCGUGGCACUCGGACGUGUUUGAGUUUAUUGAUCUGCGUAAGAACCACGGCAAGGAGGAGGUGCGCGCACGCGACCUCUUUUUUGCGCUCUGGAUUCCCGACCUGUUUAUGCGCCGUGUCCAGGAGGGUGGCGACUGGUCGCUCAUGUGCCCGCACGAGUGCCCCGGUCUGUCGGACUCGUAUGGCGAGGAGUUUGAUGCGCUGUACGAACGCUACGAGCGCGAAGGCCGCGCCAAGCGCACUGUCAAGGCACAGAAGCUGUGGUACGCUGUACUUGAGGGCCAAAUUGAGACGGGCGGUCCGUUUAUCCUCUACAAAGACGCUGCGAACCGCAAGAGCAACCAGAAGAAUGUCGGCGUGAUCAAGUCGUCGAACUUGUGCACGGAGAUUAUGGAGUACAGCUCGCCGGACGAGACGGCCGUGUGCAAUCUGGCCUCCAUUGCCCUUCCCACCUUUGUCGAGGGCACGGGCGCUGCGAAGCGCUACAACUUUGAGCGCCUGCACGACGUGGCAAAGGUGGUGUGCAAGAACUUGAACCGUAUUAUCGACAUCAACUACUAUCCCGUCGAGUCGGCGCGCCGCUCCAACAUGCGCCACCGUCCGAUUGGUAUUGGUGUUCAAGGUCUUGCUGACGCAUUUAUGAUUAUGGGCUAUCCGUUUGACAGCCCCGAGGCGCGCUUGCUCAACCUGCAAAUCUUUGAGACCAUCUAUCACGCCGCGCUCGAGCGCUCGAGCGAGAUUGCAGCCGAGCUUGGGCCCUACGAAACCUAUGCAGGCUCGCCUGCUUCCCAGGGCAUCUUGCAGUUUGACAUGUGGAACAAGACGCCCACAGAUCUCUGGGACUGGGCCACACUCAAGGAAAAGAUUGCCAAGCAUGGCCUGCGCAACUCGCUGCUCCUUGCGCCGAUGCCGACCGCAUCCACGAGCCAGAUUCUCGGGUUCAACGAGUGCUUCGAGCCGUACACGAGCAACAUUUAUAUGCGCCGUGUUCUCGCUGGCGAGUUCCAGGUGGUCAACCCGUGGCUCUUGCGCGAGCUCGUCGAGCAGGGCCUGUGGAACGAGUCGAUGAAGCAAAAGAUUAUCGCCCACGGCGGCUCGAUCCAGAACAUUGCCGAUAUUCCCGACCGUAUCAAGGCGCUGUACAAGACGGUGUGGGAGAUCAGCCAGAAGGUGAUUAUCGAUAUGGCGGCGGACCGCGGUGCUUUCAUCUGCCAGAGCCAGAGUCUGAAUGUACACCUCAGUGCACCUACAUUUGGCCAGCUCACUUCGAUGCAUUUCUACGGCUGGAAGAAGGGACUCAAGACGGGGUCUUAUUAUUUGCGCACGCGCCCUGCUGCCAAUGCGAUUCAGUUUACCGUGUCCAAGGAGGACAUUGCCGAGGCGAAGGAGUCGAAGAAGAAUGCGUCGCAGGCAGCAUUGCAGGCCAAGGCUACCGAUAAGGCCCAGAUCGAGGAGGCGCGCGCCAAGCAGCAAGUUUUCUCAACAGACGCUGUCGUCCAAGGCGUUGGCCGUCUUGGCGUCGACGGCACGGUUACGCAUGAUGGGCCGCGCACGGAGGGUGCACCUGCAGAGGACGAUGGAUUCCAGGCUGCACUUGAACGCCAAAAGCGCCGCCAAGAAGAGGCUGAUCGUCUUGCAUGCUCUUUAGAGAACAAGGAGGCUUGCCUGAUGUGUUCUGGCUAG